AUGUCUUCAGGAUCCGUCGAAACAGCCUCGGAAGCAGGUGGGAUACAUAAGAAGCAACGAAAUAAUAGUUCAUGCGGCUCAAACGGCUCUGUUAAAAAAACGAAAACAAACUGGAACCCAUUCAAAAAAGUACUCAAUUUGGUAAAGGGUCAUCAGUCAUCGACUUUGUCAGAAACGUCGGAAUCAGAUGAAAUAGUUUACAGGUGGAUGUCGUCAUGUUUCUCAGCAAAAUGCCCAAUUUUUGCAAAAAACCCUCAAUUCAAUAUGGUGUACUGUGUUCUUCCGUCUCUUCAGAUAUUCAUAAUUAUUUACAUGGCGUGUGAGGACAAAAUGAAGAAGCAUCUGAAGUCAUUGUUCCAACUCGCCGAAUCCGAUUUUCGUGAUCUCGAACGAAUCUCGAAGUCGCUGAAGAAGCUCACAACCAAGAACGGAUUCUUCACGUUCGUUCAGUUUUUAGUCGACGAAGAGAAAACGACAACGGUUUGCAAAUCGCUUAUGAAGGAGAGCAAAAUGAUAGUUGGGCAACAAGUGUUUUUUUCAAUUCGCCCAUCGCGCCUUCAACGAUAUCUCUGCUCAUUGUGCUUUUCGCCUGUGAGCAUUCAACGAGCAAAUCUUCUGACGACAAAUGCUUAUUGUUCAACUGGUCUCGAGACGACAUGGUUCGGAAAAGCGCGAGCCAUCGGAAAAGCGCGAUUCUCGUGCACCUACUCAAAAUCGAAUUUCGAGCCAUUCUUCGAACUUAAAACAAGAUAUCGCAAAACGCGAAAUGAAGCAUUUGAGAUAAUUCAAUUUGAUUUCAUGACGAAUGAUUCGAAACUGACAAAAGGAUCAAUUAUUAUUAUGCGCCCGCAUUGUGUUGGACAACUUCCUUAUGAGAAUCUGACCUUGACGACUACAUCGCUUCAAAGUAUUGUGAAUACACUAGAUAACUCAAAAGAGCACACGGGACUCAUACUUCUACCAUCAUUCAGCGUCUCGUCUCGUCACGAUUUGUGGAAGAACCUUAUUCGGCAAGGUGUUCAUCCUGAUCUUGGACAAACGUCGAAACUUCCACCGAUUGGCUCUCUGUGGCAUUGGUCCAAUUUAUCAAUCAAUGAAAACGGAAUUCGCGAUUCGGUGAAGACGUCGAAAAAAAUGCCGCAUGAAGAGUUGCAUGGUGGUCCGCCAAAAAAUUUGCUAUUCGAAAAGAGCCAACCAUACUCGAUGCGAAUCGACUCGCCGUUCUCUUAUAUUAUAAACCUUGACGGCAUUCCGGUUUUUAUCGGCUCGUAUUUUGGGACCCCUCCGCCAAAGAAUGCUGAAAUGUUCAUGAGGGCACCGGAAAGGAUUUGCCGAAAGAAACGCAUAAAGGUGCGGAAGCGUCGAGAGACGCGAACUCGUAAGCAGAAGCUCCUCGAAAAGAUUCGAAAAAACAAGGAAAAGGAGCGCGCCAGAGAGGCGAAGGAAAAGAAGAAGAUCCCAUCGGCUUCAUCGUCUUCGGCAAGCUCAUCGGCCGAGAGCACGACUACUGCUAAAUCGAAAGACAGUGAAGUUAGAAACGUUUUCAAAAUCUUUAAAUGGAAUCGAAAAUGA